AUGGCUCCAUCUCUUGAUCUGAAUAUGCGAUGGCAAGACCAGAAAGUGGUCAAGGCGGAUGGACGCUGGACCGUCGAUGGUCGUCCCGGUAACAAUGUGGAAGUUGUCUAUCAACAUCAACCUUCGAACAUUCCCGGGAUGACUUUUAUCGGCUUGAAAGUCACAUCCCCGAUCAAUUCUGCAACUCCUCCCCACAAGCACGGAGGAGCAGCCGUGGUUGCGACAAUGAUUCGAGGCUGCAUGUUGAACCAAAUGGAGUGCGAUGGGAAGAAUGAUGGGCCUAAGGUGCACUCAGAAGGCGAGUGCUGGUAUGAACCCCCUGGAUGCCACCAUGUCAGGAGCGAGAACGCUGGCGAAGAAGAUGCUGUGUUCAUUGCAAAUUUCAUCAUUGAGACGAAGAAGAUAGAAGACCUUGGGAUCCUGAGAGCUCUGGUCCAGAUCGAUGCCGAAGAAGCAGAAAGGAAGGACGCCGAAUAG